AUGAAGAUAAAAAAUAUAGGGGAGGAGUCGAUUCAUAAUAUAUGCAGCAGUCAGGUUAUAUUUACCCUGAGCAGUGUAGUAAAAGAAUUGGUUGAGAAUUCGAUAGAUGCAGAUGCUAGUGAAAUAAAAAUAAAGCUAGUUGAGAGUGGAAUAAAGUUAAUAGAGGUUAAUGAUAAUGGUGUUGGUAUAAAGAAGAUUAAUUUUGAGAACAUUUGUGCUCGUCAUGCUACAUCAAAAAUAAAAGAUUUUAAUGAUAUACAUAGUUCUUUAAAUACUUUGGGUUUUCGAGGGGAAGCAUUAAAUUCAUUAUGUAUGUUAAGUAAUGUUAAUAUAACAACGAAGAAUGAAGAAAAUGAUCAUGCUUAUUUAUUAAAAUUUGAUAAACUUGGUAGACUUUAUCAUGAGGAGCCAAUAGCUAGAUUAAGAGGAACAACAGUGAGUUGUGAGAAUAUUUUUCAUAACAUACCAAUAAGAAAGAAAGAUUUUAUAAAGAAUAUAAAAACACAGGUAUCCGAUUUAUUAUUAUUAAUGCAACAAUAUGCUAUAAUAUAUCAUAAUAUAAAAUUUGUUAUAUAUAAUAUUGUUACAUCAAAAGGAUGUACAAAAAAUAUGAACUUGUUAAUUACUAAUGGUACUGAUAGUAUUAAAAAAAAUUUCUAUUCUAUAUAUGGUAAAAGAAAUAUUGGUAAUUUAAUUGAAUUUAAUAUUGAUGGUAAUGAAUGGAAUAUUAGAGGUUAUAUAAGUGAUAGUAAUAGUGGUAGAAGAGAUAAAGAUUUGCAAUUUUAUUAUAUUAAUAGUAGACCUAUACAUAUAUUAAAAAAUGUAAAUAAAUUAAUUAAUACUAUAUAUAGAGAAUUUAAUAGUAGAUUAUAUCCUAUCAUUAUUUGUAAUAUUUUAUCCGAUACAAAAAAUAUAGAUAUUAAUGUUACUCCUGACAAAAGAGAAGUCUUCUUUACAUUUGAGCAAGAAAUGUGUGAACACAUGAAAACAGCUCUUGUCAAGUUAUUUACACCUAAAACAAGUAAUCUGAUUGAUACACAAAUUGAUGAUUAUUUUUUAAAGGCUAAUAAUAUUUUGCCAAAUCAAAUAAAAAGUAAUAUAAAACUGGAGACACAUGAACAUGAUGAUAACCACCAUCAUCAUAAAUCCACAUCUCCCUCACAAAAACACAAAGGGAAUGAAAAACCAAAUGAUAAUAUUAUUAAAAUGGAACCUAAUUAUAAUAACGAGGUAACACAUCAUGCAUAUGUUAAAAAAGAACUCAUACACAAGGAUGACCAAAUAUAUGUAAAACAAGAAGAAAUGAAAGAUCAAAAUAAUUCUUACCAUAUUGAGAAAGAUAACGACAUUGAUGCUGAACAUUGUAAUAGGCAUGAAUUUGGGGAAGAAAAGGAGAAUAUAUUUACUUAUCAUGAUGAUAGACAGUUAUUUAAAAUAAAGGAAGAAAAAAUAUAUAACUAUCCAAAUAAAUAUAUAGAAAAUGAUGAAUUAUAUAGAGACAAUACAAGUAGCCUCAGUUAUACCUUAUCACAAAAAGAUUAUAUACCAACAGAAAAUAAAAUGAAUAAUAAUAUUCAAAUUAAAAAUGAUGAAUUAAAUUCAUCAUCACUUUUUCAGAAUGAUGAUUAUAAUUUUAGUAAUAUAUAUAGAGCAAAUCAUUCGUUUACAUCAACACAAGAAAGUAUGCAUUGUGAUUUAUUUGUUUCGGGUAAUAAAAAGCAAUAUGAAAAUAGCGAAAAAGAAAAAAAUGAAAAAAAUGUAGAAAAUAAAAAGAAUACAGAAUAUACCUUUUUUAGAAAUAAUGAAGAACAAAAAAGUGGAUAUAUUAAAAAGGGGGGAGAAGAAUUCAAUACAUAUAAUGAUGAGGAAAUAUAUUCAUCAGGUCCUUUAUCAAUUGAUAAUGUGAUGAUGGAAAAUAACAAAGAGCAUUUUAGUGAUAUGAAUAAUAAUGUGUAUGAAUACAAAUUGAAUAAUGAUGAUACUAAAAAUAACAUUUAUGAAUACAAAUUGAAUAGUGAUGAUACUAAAAAUAACAUUUAUGAAUACAAAUUGAAUAAUGAUGAUACUAAAAAUAACAUUUAUGAAUACAAAUUGAAUAAUGAUGAUACUAAAAAUAACAUUUAUGAAUACAAAUUGAAUAAUGAUGAUAGUAAUAAUACCAUUUAUGAAUACAAAUUGAAUAAUGAUGAUAGUAAUAAUACCAUUUAUGAAUACAAAUUGAAUAAUGAUGAUAGUAAUAAUACCAUUUAUGAAUACAAAUUGAAUAAUGAUGAUAGUAAUAAUACCAUUUAUGAAUACAAAUUGAAUAAUGAUGAUAGUAAUAAUACCAUUUAUGAAUACAAAUUGAAUAAUGAUGAUAGUAAUAAUACCAUUUAUGAAUACAAAUUGAAUAAUGAUGAUAGUAAUAAUACCAUUUAUGAAUACAAAUUGAAUAAUGAUGAUAGUAAUAAUACCAUUUAUGAAUACAAAUUGAAUAAUGAUGAUAGUAAUAAUACCAUUUAUGAAUACAAAUUAAAUAGUGAUGAUAGUAAUAAUACCCCUUAUUUAAAUGGACAGGAAAAAAAUGAAGAAACAGAAGAAGGUAAUGAUUUAAAAGAUUGUACAAAUUAUUCAUUCGAGGAUUUGAAAGAAAAUAUAAAAAGUAAUUGUAUAAAGAAAAUUCCAAUUGAUAUAAAUAUGUAUAUUAAUAGAGAAGAACUAAAGAGUGGAUUUGAUUAUGAUCAAAUACAUGUAAUAAAUUUGACGAAUAGUGAAAAAAUUAAGAAUAUAAUAUUUCAGAAAAUGAAAGAAGAAACACCAAUAAAUAAUUAUUUAUGUUUAACCGAUGAUCAAGAAGAAAAAGAAUAUAAAAACCUAUUUGAUGGAAAUUUAAGUUUAAAAGAAAGUAAUAAUAAUAAUACAAAUAAUGUUAAUAAUAAUGAAGAUAUUAAUUUUAGUAAUAUAGAUGAAACACAAAAAGAUUUAUAUUUCCAAUCCAGCUUAUUCAAUAAAUUAAAGAUAUGUGGACAAUUUAAUAAAGGAUUUGUAAUAUCCAAAAUAGAUUUACUCUAUUUUGAAAAAAAAAAAAAAAAAUAUGGUAAUGAAGGACAUGAAUCAGAAUGCUACAAAACACAUGAUAACAAUAGUAAUAAUAUAAAUUGUGAGGAUUAUGAUAAUUUUAGUAAUGAUAAUAAACAUAAAAGUAAUUACGCUCUAUUUAUUAUUGAUCAACAUGCAGCUGACGAAAAAUCAAAUUUUGAAAAAUACAAUAAAAUAUUUACCAUGAAGUCACAAAAAUUAAUUAGUAAAAUACAUGUACAAGUAAGUCCAGCACAAGUUCAUAUAAUACAAAAAUACAUGUCUAUUUUCUUACAAAAUGGAUUCGAAGUACAAAUUCUAGAAGAACCCAUACAUAAAAGAAGGAAAACAAAUAAUAAUAAUAUAAAUGAACCAAUCGACGAUGAAGAAGAAAUGCUUAUGGAGCUUAAUGUAUAUUUAUUAUCGUUACCAGUAUUUAAUGGGAAAAUAUUAGAAGUAGUUGAUUUUAUGUCUCUCUUGCAUCAUCUAACAGAGCAUCCAGUAGCAUCUUACAAUGAAUCGGAAGUAUCUGUGAAAACUACAAUAGAUUUGAAUAAUAAGACAGAUACCUGGUUUAAUUAUAAUUUCCCACGACCUCAAAAGGUGUGGCGUAUUCUAGCAUCCAAGGCGUGUCGAAAUGCGAUAAUGGUUGGCAAAGCAUUAAACAUAUACGAAAUGAUUAAGAUAAAGAAAAAGUUAAGUUUUUUAAAGAAUCCAUGGAAUUGUCCUCAUGGUAGACCUACAAUAAAAUAUCUCAUAAACAAUGUCGAUAUAAAAAAUUGCUUUAAAAACUAUUAUUUAAAAUUAUAUGAUGAAAUUACUAAUUUGAUUUUAAGUCAGAAUUAUGAUGCCUAUAAAUAUUUAUUUCAUAAUCAUGUCUUUUUUUUAAUUAUAUCUACCAAACCUUUCCUAGGCCCUGUUUUAAAAUUUCAGUAA